AUGGGGGAUUGGAAUGAGAUUUGUGAUCAUAGUGAGAAGAGUGGGGGUAGAAGAAAGGCUGAGAGAGAAUUCAUUGAUUUUAAUGCUUUUAUUUCUAGAAUGGGUAUGCAGGAGCUUCACCAAAUUGGCCACAGAUUUACAUGGGGCAACGACGGGGAAGCUGAAGGAUUUAUUGAGGAAAAGAUAGAUAAAAUCUUUGCCUCCUUUGAUUGGCUUGAAGAUAACCAACAUACAAUGGUGGAGAACUUUUUUAAGAGUGCCUCUGACCAUAGGCUCCUGCUACUAUCUGACAACCCCCAAAACAGCAGAGUUAAAGGAAGAAGAUUCUAUUUUGACAAAAGUUGGCUGAAAAGGGAGGGCAUUCAAGGCACUCCAAUGUUUCAAUUCUAUGAAAAGCUCAAAGCUACCAGAAUGGCUUUAUUGAAAUGGAGUUCUACUUUUAGAAGGGAGCAGAUCAUAGAGAAACAGCUUAUCACUCAAAGACUAGGAGAGAUGAGUACGUUGGGAAAUCACAGAGAUUGGGCAGAGUGGCAAAGGUUGCUUGGAGAGCUAAACAAAAUUACUAGAGCUGAAGAGACAUUUUGGGCUCAAAAAGCUAGAUCCCAAUGGCUCAAGGAAGGAGAUUCCAACACCAAGUACUUUCAUGCCAUUACAAUGCAAAGAAGAAAGGUGAAUGAAAUCUUUAACUUGAUGGAUGAUCAGAAUCAUGUGUACUCCAAUGAAGAAGACAUUCAACUCCGUAUCUGCAGAUUCUAUGAGCAACUGUUUAGUUCUGAAGGUUCAUCAGGUGAUGAUGAACUAAUACAGCUCAUCCCUCAGAAUAUAACUGCUGACAUGAAUAUUGCACUCACUGCCCCAAUCACAAAGGAGGAAAUUAAAGAAGCACUUUUCAGCUUUGAUCCAGGUAAAGCACCUGGACAAGAUGUGGCCUACAGAGUUAUUGCCAAGAUAUUGUCUCUGAGAAUAAAACCCUGCCUCUCUUCCUGCAUCAGUGAGAAUCAGGCUACCUUCAUCCCAGGAAGGCAGCUGCUAGAUAAUGUUGUCAUUGCCCAAGAAAGUGUCCACUUCCUCAACAGACACACCUCAGGAAGAAAUGCUACAUGCUUCUGA